GGCUGCUGGUUGGUAGUAUCGCGCCGGCUGCGCAAGAGCAGCCCCGCUGUGAGAUAAUAUUUAGUGUAGGAUUUUAUUUUCCAAUAAUAUGUGUAAUGUGUAACCCACGGUAACUGACAGUUCGCUUUUGCGGUGGGUGCAUCCACGCUCGCCCGUGUCCUUCUCGGCACGCGUUUACUUUUUUUCUCUCAUAUACCAGAGAUCAGUGUUUUUGUUAUUGUGUACUUUUUAAUUGUUUUCCUGUUCUGUACAUUACCAAAAAAAAAAAAAAUGUAAAUCAAAUUGUUUCCUACAGUAUUGCAUCGGAUUACUAUCAAUACAUCUAAAACAGAAGAAUACGAGGACAAUUUCAAAGCAAUGGAAGAGAAAAUAAGGCAGCAGUGAUACUAUAAGAACGUGGAUAACGAUUUUUUUUCAUCAGUAGUUUGUGGAAAAAAAAACUUAUCAACCGCGAUGGAGUCUCGUCCACAUCACGGUGAUAAUUCUCAACUGGACAGAUAGAACGUGGAAAUUGAAAUCGAUCCAACGGGAAACGUUAAAGGAUAAAGGGAGUUGUAGUUAAGGUUGAAGAAAGGUAGAAGUGGUGGUGCUGGUGAUCGACCUGGAGAAGAAGAAAAAUAAUAAUAAGAGCGAGGUGAGACUGAGAGAAGAAAUAAGUGAACGAGACGAAAGAAGUUGAGAUAAGAACAGAAAGAUGGGCAAGUGUUGCAGCAAGAGGCAAGAGCCUCAGCCAAUUGUGUAUAAGAAAACUGAAGCUGCGUUAACUUCGAAGCAUAGUAAUGGAGGUUCUUUGGAUAGAUACACAGCAGAUCCUAAUCAAAGAGGAGUUCAAGCUCGCGCUGAUAUUAUCCGGCCUAGGCAGACACCUUGUAAGACACAGAUUCCACAUCAACCUCGUAAAACAAGCUCGCCUGUCGUUUUACCUGCAUCUCAUUCACAGAGAACGAAUAAAAUAGUGGUAGCACUUUAUAACUACACUGCAAGAGAGAGUACAGACGUGAGUUUUGUGAAAGGCGAUCAGAUGGAAGUUCUAGACGACUCUGAACCCGACUGGUGGCGAGUAUUACAUUUGAGAACCCUUCAAGAGGGACUUAUACCUUGGAACUUUGUAGCAGUUGAACGUUCAGUCGAGAGUGAAGACUGGUUUUUCGAGAAUGUGUCGAGAAAAGAGGCUGGUAAAUUACUCUUGGUGGAUGAAAAUCCAAGGGGAACCUUUUUGGUAAGACCGAGUGAACAUAAUCCACGCGGAUACAGUCUCAGUGUUAAAGACUGGGAAGAAGGACGGGGUCAUCAUGUCAAACAUUACAAGAUUAAACCUCUGGACAAUGGUGGCUUCUUUAUUGCCACCAAUCAAACCUUCCCAACACUACCGGCUCUUGUUAUGGCCUACAGCAAAAAUGCACUUGGCCUAUGUCACGUACUGUCGAAACCGUGUCCAAAACCACAGCCCGACAUGUGGGACCUUGGACCAGAGUUACGUGACAAAUGGGAGAUAAAUCGUAGCGAGAUACAGCUGAUACGUAAGCUGGGACAUGGUAAUUUCGGUGAGGUUUAUUAUGGCAAGUGGCGCAACAAGAUUGAAGUUGCCGUAAAGACGCUGAGACCCGGUACCAUGUCAACAGAAGCAUUCCUCCAGGAAGCAGCAAUAAUGAAACAAUUUAGGCACAGACAUUUAGUCGCACUGUAUGCCGUAUGCUCCAAAGAAGAACCUAUUUAUAUUGUUCAAGAGUACAUGUGUAAUGGAAGUCUUUUAGACUUUCUGAGAACUGGUGACGGUAAAUAUAUGCAAUUUGAGGACCUCAUUUAUAUAGCAGCUCAAGUCGCUUCGGGUAUGGAACAUUUAGAAAGCAAACAACUUAUACAUCGGGAUCUUGCUGCUCGCAAUGUUCUUAUUGGUGAAAAAAAUAAAGCUAAAAUAUGUGAUUUUGGCCUUGCAAGGAUUAUUGAAGAUGACGAGUAUUGCCCAAAGCAAGGUAGUAGAUUCCCUGUUAAGUGGACUGCGCCAGAAGCUAUUGUUUAUGGCAGAUUCAGCAUUAAAAGUGACGUUUGGUCUUAUGGAAUAUUGCUUAUGGAACUUUUUACCUAUGGACAGGUUCCUUAUCCAGGUAUGCAUGGCCGUGAAGUUAUUGAACAAGUGGACAAAGGAUACCGAAUGCCUAAGCCAGCGAAUCAGCCAUUACCAGACAGCAUUUACCGUCUUAUGUUGCAAUGUUGGGACGCAUGUCCAGAGAAACGACCUACCUUUGAAUUCCUCAAUCAUUAUUUUGAAUCAUUUAAUGUGACAAGUGAAAUACCAUACCUUGAACCGCCAACAGACUGAUACACGGCCCAUCAUCAUUUAGAGGGCCACGUUACGCAGCAUGGCCACGUUAUGCCGCCGCAUGGUCAUUACCAUCCGGCUCAUCUUAAUUGUGCCAUGGAAUUUUACGGGAUUUACUGUUAAAAAUAACAAAACUACUCCUACUACCCUUAUACACUAAAUUACUAUUUAAUUGCGCAUUAAUCUUCUUUUAAGAUGCGCAAUCUUUUUACUUUUUAUCAGAAAUGUAAUAUGGAAAAAAAAAUCAUUCCAAACACUGCCAGAAUUUUGCCAAUGAUAUAUUUAUUGAAUCACGCCGUUUGUCAUUUAUGUACACAGGCACUUUUGUAAAAGAAAAAGAAAAAUAAAUAAUAAUAAUCUGUAUGUCAAACGGUGAUCUUUGUGUGCCAUAAACUCACUUAGAGUCUUCGGAAAUUUAAAAACACUAAACAAAAUACUCAAGUCUUCUUUAUUUAAACUUUUUUUUUUUGUAGUUUACAAUCGAGUGAAUUUGGCACUAGAAAUUUUUUAUCGUCUCUGACGAUAAUGAAUGACUGAAAAAAAAUGAAAAUAAAAAAAAAAAUAAAAAAAUAUAAAAAGUAAAAAAAGAGAAAAAAUUUUUGUAAGAUUAAAAUUAAUGAAAAAUUUAAAGACUUGAAUACAAAUAACUUGUAAUUUUAAAUAGACGUUUGUAGAGUAGUGUUUUGUAAAAUGACGUCUAUAAAUUUAAAUUUAAAAUUGACUUUUCGAAAAUAACAAACAUAAUAAAUUAGACUUAAUUACUUACAGGACUGGCAAAAAAAAAAUAUUUACUCUAGAAACAUCGAUUUUCAAACAGAUAAUAUUAUUUUUAAAUGUGACAAAAAAAUGUCUCCAAAUGAAUUUGAAAAAUAAUAAAAUAAAAACUUUUUCUCCAUCGAACAAAAUAAUAAAUUUUUUUAGCACAAAUUCAUUUGUAAAAAUUAAAACGAGAGCGAAACCAUGACAGGCGAUUAUUUGUGAUUACGUGUGUGCUUUUUUUUAUUUACUAUUACAUAUUAUUUAAUUAUUUACAUGUACAUUAUAAGUUGUAUUUAAUUACUGCAAUUAUUUUAUUUCCUAAUCUCUUAUUUAUCACGAAUAUUCGCUGUGAUCUUUAUACAUAUAUAUAUAUUUUUUUUUAUUUCUCAAAUGGGAAAUCAAGUCAAUUCCCGAUUUGUAAAAUGCACCAUUAUCCACUUCAUUGCCGAUUCAAUUCGCGUAAGAAAAUCUUUAUUUUAUUUUUUUCGUUUGAUUAAACUCCGAGAUUAAGAUUAAGUCACAAUUUUAUUAUACUCUUACUCAACCUCAUUGAUUUAAAUCGCUUAAUUAAAUUAUGUCAGUAAGUCGAUACAUUUUUUUUUUUAUAUAUUGAACCAUUGAUAUAAUUUUUUUAUUAUUUAUCAAUUUAACAAUUAAAAUUCUCAGUGUAUACUCAUGUCCGACUGUAAAAAAAUAUAUUUAUAAAUAUAUAUAUAUUAAUAUAUUUUUUUCAUUAGAUCUGAUGGAUCUGAAAAUCUGAUAAUAUGGGUCGUCGAAAAAUAUAAAAUAAAAUAAAAAAUAACUACAGGUAUGCGUUGAAAGUCAAUGAGAGAGUGUUUAAAAAUUUCGCGAGUGAAUGUGACUUACAUUUUAUGUCCUUGAAAGCUGGAGAUUAUAUUGCAAAUUAAAUAAAUAAAAUAAACGUAUGACGGAGAGAUAAAGAUAAAAUUUAAAUGAGAAAAAAAAGAGUGGAAAAAAAAAUUAGAGGAUUUAAUUAUAAGGUAAUCGUAAGUCAUCGAUAUUAAUCGUACAAAAAACUAAAAGAAAAAAAAUAAAAUCUGUAAAUUUUACACUUUAAGAUAAAAAGACAGUAAUUUUAUUUUAAGUAGAUGUUAAUAUAUAAUUGAAAAAAAUUAAAUAAAUAAUUAAUUAAUUAAUUAGAUUUCGACGUGUAAUUACGAACGUGUAAUUUCGAUUUACCUUAUCAUUAAAAAGAAAUAAUUAUUAUCCAGGAAAAAAAUUAUUGAUAUAACGAAUGGAUAUUUAUUUUAUCGCAAUUUAAUUAGUUGUUAAUGUUAAUAAUAAUAAUAAUAAUAAUAAUAAUAAACAAUAAUAAUUAAUUGUAAUAUUAAUAAUACUAUUAAUUAAUAAUGUAAUAAAUUAUUUGUAAAACAAUUUCCAUCGAUUGUUAAUAAGAAAAUAUUCUCUCUUGUCAUGUAAUACGUACGUGAAAAUUUUUUUCAUCACGUUAUUGUAAGAGUAGUGUAGCUUGUACGUCCAAUAAAUUUUUUCUAUGAACAAUUUUAUACCGACCAAAAAAAAAAAACAAAUUUAUUAAAACAAUUACUUGUUGUGUUUACUGUAAAAGUGGAGUAAAUUUUUGACAGUUUGUUAAUUCAAUAUUAAAUAAAAAAAAAAGAAAAUAAAAUAGAACACAUUCUUUAUGUAAAAAAAAUAUUUUCAGAGUAACGAACCGGGUAAACGUUAAUGAUGUUAUAAUUAAAAAAAAACAAAGAUUGUUUUAAAGAGUAGAAAUAAUGAAUUUAAAAAAUAUAAUAUUCAGCUGAGUGAAAAGUAACUUGACCUCGUAUUAAUUAAUUGUCAUCUUUAAUUUAAAAAAUUUUAUACUUGGUAUUAAAUUUAUUUUACAUAAUAUAAAUAUCAUUUUAUUGAUGUGCCAAGAUUAUCAAAUCAUUUGUCACGAGGCCAAAGCAUCGCCAGCUGCUAAUUUUUUGUUUGCAAUUAUUAUUAGAUUCAAAUACUCCCACGUAUUUCACGUGUAUUGUCAAUACUGCAUAUGAAAAAAGAAAAAGAAGACAGAAAAUUAAUAAUAAAAUAACAGUAAAAAAUAAUGUACAGUACAGUUUUCCUCAAUACUAAUAAUAAUAUCGGUACUUAUUGACUCAGCUGACGAUAAAUUUUAUAAUUUUUGAAUACAAAAAAAAAAAAAUACGAAUGAAAGAAAUAAAUAAAGAGAAAAAGCAAAAAAAAAGUCGCGGAGCUCGGAAUGAGAAAAAUUUUGAUAAAUCUGUGAUAUAGGAAACAGACCUCAAGUUUUGAUACCGAGUUAUCAAGUUAAAGUGCACCACGACUAUUUUUUAAAAAUCGUAUCGACAAUUGAAAUUUUUUAACAUUUCAUUAUUACGACAACUGUCACUAUAUUUAUUAAUCAUAAUAUUAAUAAUAAAAUAAUAAAACUAAAUUUGUAAUUGUAUAUCAUAAUCACGUUAAAUUUAUCAUAAUAAUAGAAGGUUAUUUAUUUAUCUUUUUUUUAUUAUUUAAAACUUUAAUUGCAAGUAUUAAAUAUAGAGAAUUUUCAGAUUAUCUAUUUAAUUAAUUAAAUAAUUUUAAACUGUCUUUAAUAAAAAGUUUAAAUCCGUAGCUUGUAAUUAGAAAUGAAAUUUAAUUUUGUAUUAAAAAGAAAAACAAAAAAAAAAUCCAGUCUAAAAUUUAAAUCUUCUGUAUUAAAGAUUCCUCAUCUGUAUUUCAAAUUGAAGAGAGUUUCAAAGAAUUUAUUUAUCUGAAUAGAUUUUCUGGAAUUUUUCAAUAUCUCUGAUAAGUUUUAAACUAUUUGCAAUCAAAGCUUAAAUAAUUUUGCUAAAAGUUGACCUCUGCUCUACACUAUCAGUAAUAAUAAAUAUUAUUAUGAUUUGAAAGACAAACAAGUAAAAAUAAAUAAAUAAAUAAAGCAAAUAAAUUAUUUUUAUCAUAUGGCUUUUGUCGAAUCUCCAUACCGCGUGGUACAACUUCAAUACAUUUCAAUAAAAAUUGAUAAUUAAUUAUUAAUAAUAAUAAUAAUAAUAAUAUUAAUAAUUUAAAAAUGUAUAAUUACUAUGUACCAAAGCUUAUAAUCAUCAAAUGAUUACUUUGUAUUAUUGUAUUAAUAUUUAUCGUAUGCUUAUACAUACAUAC